AAGAGAAAUUUCCACUUACCUUCAGCAGACUCGAUUAAGUCGGCCGCUAGCACGCUAGCAUAUGACCUCGUUACCUUUUACACCGGCAACAAUACAGGAGAUGUGGCCGGAAAUCUUCCAGAUCCAUACUACUGGUGGGAAGCUGGUGCAUUUUUUGGGGCUCUUGUCAACUACUGGGCGUUCACGGGAGACACCACCUACAAUAAAAUCACUCGUGAGGCGAUUGUACAUCAAGCGGGGAGCAAAGGAGACUUCAUGCCUUCCAACCAAACAUACACUGAGGGUAACGAUGACCAGUGUUUCUGGGCAUUGACUGCCAUGGCAGCGACGGAGAGGAACUUCACCAAUCCAUCUUCGGAUCCAGGAUGGCUAGCAAUGGUGCAAGCCGUUUUUAAUGAGCAGGCUAAUCGAUGGGACACCUCAAGCUGUUCUGGCGGGAUGCGAUGGCAGAUAUAUACCUGGAAUUCUGGAUACGACUAUAAAAAUACCAUUGCGAACGGCUGCUUUUUCGAUAUUGCUGCUCGACUGGCACGAUAUACGGGCAAUACAACAUACGCCGACUGGGCAAAUAAAGCUUGGAAUUGGUCGAAGGGAAAUGGCCUGAUUACAUCAGACUUUCAAGUCUAUGAUGGAACCACUGUUCAGUCGAACUGCUCUUCCUAUGAUCGGACGCGGUGGUCAUAUACUGCAGGAAUUUACCUUCACGGUGCUUCUGUGAUGUAUAACUACACUUCCUCUUCAAACUCAUCCUCAAACUCAUCAGCAGCAGCAUGGAAAACACGUUUGAACGGACUCCUUGCAAGAACCGAGCAUUUUUACUCUACAAACGCGUCUAGCACGAAUGUUAUGUACGAACCACCUUGCGAGUUAAGUGGUAGCUGCGAUACAGACCAGCUCUCAUUCAAGGCAUACUUAUCUCGUUGGCUCGCGGAUGUUACCCAGCUUGCACCAUAUACCUAUGAUACGAUCAUGACAAAGAUGCGGGCUACCGCCCAGGCCGCCGUUGAUCAAUGCCAGGGAGGAGAUACGGGAACUUACUGUGGGUUUCGAUGGUCAAGUGGAAGCUACGAUGGAACUACCGGAGUCGGGCAGCAGAUGGGUGUUCUUGAAGCUCUGCAGGGUCUUUUAGCCGAGAAAAUAAGCGGACCUUUGACAUCAACCACUGGUGGAACAAGUGAAGGUAAUAGCGCGGCAGGAACCAGCUCUGAUGAAACAGAGUCGGAAAUUCGCUAUUCCAAAAUUACUACCGCAGAUAGAGUAGGGGCCUCGAUAUUGACUGCCUUGGUUGUUUGUUUGAUGGCAUCCGCUGUGUAUUUGAUGAUAUCCUGA